GGUGAUGGCGACGAGUACGAUGGUCCUAUUGGUGAGGGAGGGAUUGCGCCAGAGAAGCUUCAGGCGAUAACUGAGUUUUUCAAGCAACCCGCAGAAGUAAAGCGACGCGUUAAGGCCUUGAAGAAGCUUCUGUUCAAGGCUAUUGGCAUUGAAACCGAGUACUAUCAAGAAAUAUUUGAAAUCGAGAAGAAGUACGAAGCCCGUUAUGCCGAUCUAUGGGAUAUGCGAAAAAGGAUAAUUUCAGCUGCUGUCGAACCCUCUGAUGAGGAUUGUGAGUGGCCCUUCGAUGAUGAUCUCCAGGAAAUCCAGCUUGCGGCUUCUCUCUCAACAAAAGCCCAAAUUGACAAGAGCGAAAAAGAGGAUGGAGAUACCUCAAAGGAAAGUGAUAUGGAUAACAAAGUCAAGGGAAUCCCCAAGUUUUGGCUAAAGGUCCUUCUCCACAACAAUUUAACAUCGGAGAUGAUUACUGAAAACGACCAGCCAAUUCUUAACUUCCUGGAUGAUGUUCGCUGCAAGUUGAUAACGGACGAGGAAUCGGGCUUCGUGCUUGAAUUUCACUUCUCGCCAAAUGAAUACUUCUCCAACGACUGUCUUACGAAGCAGUACUUCUUCAACCAAAAGCCUCCUGCCGACAAUCCGUUAGAUUAUGAUGGUCCUGAGAUCUCACGUUGUACUGGCUGCACUAUCAACUGGAAACCGGGAAAGAAUGUAACCAUUAAGGUGAUGAAAAAAGUGAAGAAGCACAAGAAUCGCAAAGAUGUCAGGACUGUUACAAAAACAGUGAAGAGGGACUCCUUCUUUAAUUUCUUCGAUCCGCCCAAGGAGUCUCUAACAGAACCGGAUUUGGAUGAAGAAAUUGUGGAUUUGCUGCAUGAAGAUUUCAAAAUCGGCCAUCAUCUGCGGGAAUACGACGAUCAUCCGAAACUAAAGCAACGAUCGUCUAGGACGAAGAAGGAGGCCAACCUUGAAAACGUCCCAGAAUGCAAACAGAGUUGA